AUGCAGGGCCGCAUGGCUGGGAGCUGCGCUGCCCUGGGCCUGCUUCUGGUCUGUCUUCAUCUCCCAGGCCUCUUUGCCCGGAGCAUUGGUGUUGUGGAGGAGAAAGUUUCCCAAAACUUGGGGACCAACUUGCCUCAGCUUGGACAACCUUCCUUGACUGGCCCCCCUAACUCUGAACAUCCUCAGCCCGCUCUGGACCCGAGGUCUAAUGAUUUGGCAAGGGCUCCUCUGAAGUUCAGCGUGCCCCCAUCAGACGGCUUCCCACCUGCAGGAGGCUCUGCAGUGCAGAGGUGGCCUCCAUCCGGGAGGCUGCCUGCCGUGUACUCCUGGCCGCCUGAGGAUCCUUGGCAGAUGAUGGCUGCUGCGGCUGCGGACCGCCUGGGGGAAGCGCUGCCUGAAGAACUCUCUUACCUCUCCAGUGCUGCGGCCCUCGCUCCAGGCAGUGGCCCUUUGCCUGGGGAGUCUUCUCCUGACUCCACAGGCCUCUCACCCGAGGCUUCACACCUCCACCAGGACUCAGAGUCCAGACGACUGCCCCGUUCUAAUCCACUGGGACCCGGGGAAAAAAUCCUUUCCCAACGCCCUCCCUGGUCUCUCAUCCACAGGGUUCUGCCUGAUCACCCCUGGGGGACCAUGAAUCCCAGUGUGUCCUGGGGAGGUGGAGGCCCUGGGACUGGUUGGGGAACGAGGCCCAUGCUACACCCUGGGGGAAUCUGGGGUGUCAAUAAUCAACCCCCAGGUACCAGCUGGGGAAAUAUUAAUCGGUAUCCAGGAGGCAGCUGGGGGAAUAGUCAUCUAUACCCAGGUAUCAAUAACCCAUUUCCUCCCGGAGUUCUCCGCCCUCCUGGCUCUUCUUGGAACAUCCCAGCUGGCUUUCCUAACCCUCCAAGCCCUGGGUUGCAGUGGGGCUAG